AUGACUACUCUGCAUUAUCUUCCCCCCGUGAAGCCCUCCGCCAUCGCGCUGGGUACAAUCUUCACCCACACUGCUUCCCUCGGCAUCCUUGCCCCUGUCUUCGGUGACACCUACCACCGCGCUCAAGCAGCCAACACAAAGGAGGAGUUCAUCAAGUCGAAGGAGGCUGCCGGCGCCGCUGCUGCCUGGGGAAGCUCCCUCGCUGGAAGCGCUGUGCAGACCUAUGGUGUUGCUGCACUGAUUAAUGCCACGGGCACAUUGAGCUACAAGGGUGCUGCAUACCUGGGAACACUGAUUUUCUUUGCAACCGCUGCUCCAGGCGUCGUGAGCCAAGUCUUCUCCGAGAAGCGACCCCUUGACACAAUUGCUGUCGGUGCGGUCUCGAGGGUGUUUGAGACCGUUGGUCUUAGCUUGUUCCUCACCUGGUGGGGAACUCGUACUCACCCCUUCGAUUAA